AUUGAUCAUGAACCAUUAUCUCUUUCCAGGAUGUCUUCUGGUGCUUUAUUUCCAAGCCUGGUGCCAGGCUCUCGGGGCUCAUCUAGCAAAUACUUGGUAGAAUUCCGUGCAGGAAAGAUGUCUUUGAAAGGCAGCACGGUGACACCAGACAAAAGGAAAGGUCUUGUAUACAUCCAGCAAACAGAUGAUUCCCUCAUCCAUUUCUGUUGGAAAGACAGGACUUCUGGGAAUGUGGAGGAUGACUUAAUUAUUUUUCCUGAUGACUGUGAAUUUAAGAGGGUGCCUCAGUGUACUACUGGCCGUGUAUAUGUGCUGAAGUUCAAGGCGGGAUCCAAGAGACUCUUCUUCUGGAUGCAGGAACCCAAGACUGAGAAAGAUGAAGAGCACUGUCGUAAGGUGAAUGAGUACCUUAACAAUCCACCAAUGCCUGGAGCUCUGGGUGGUAGUGGAAGUGGAGGUCAUGAACUCUCUGCCCUCGGAGGUGAAGGUGGCUUGCAGAGCCUUCUAGGAAAUAUGAGCCACAAUCAGCUCAUGCAGUUGAUUGGACCAACUGGCUUAGGAGGACUUGGUGGGCUUGGUGCCCUGACAGGUCCAGGUCUGGCGAGUCUGCUUGGAAGUGGAGGGCCGGCAACAAGUAGCUCUUCGUCAAGCUCCCGCAGCCAGUCUGCAGCCGUGACACCGUCUUCCAGUACUUCCUCCACACGGGUAACGCCGGCGGCUCCUACGGCUCCCGCAGCUGCCUCUGCCACCAGUCCGAGUCCCGCUCCAAGCUCAGGAAACGGGACCAGCACAGCAACAAGCCCUACCCAGCCCAUCCAACUGAGUGACCUCCAAACGAUCUUAGCAACUAUGAACGUGCCAGCCGGAGCAGGAGGGCAGCAAGUUGACUUAUCCACCGUACUGACCCCUGAAAUUAUGGCACCUAUUCUGGCAAAUACAGAGGUUCAAGAGCGUCUGCUGCCUUACCUCCCUUCAGGGGAAUCUCUACCACAGACAGCAGAGGAGAUCCAGAACACACUGACCUCUCCACAGUUCCAGCAGGCCCUGAGCAUGUUCAGCGCUGCCUUGGCUUCUGGGCAAUUGGGGCCUUUAAUGAGUCAGUUUGGCUUACCAGCUGAGGCAGUGGAUGCAGCAAACAAAGGUGAUGUAGAGGCCUUUGCUAAAGCAAUGCAAAACAAUGUCAAAUCUGACCAAAAGGAAGGAGACUCAAAGGACAAGAAGGAUGAAGAGGAAGACAUGAGCCUAGAUUAGGUUUCUUAACUCUUGUCUUAUGGAUACUCCUAGAUAUUAAACUUUAAGAUAAGCAGGA